AUGCCUUCUGGAAAGUCAAAAUGGAAAGGCAUUUGGGAAGUUGUACUAAAUGGUCCUUAUAUUCCAAAAAGUAUUGUUGAUGGUGUAGAAGUAGAAAAACCAUAUUUUAAUUGGACUGCUGAGGAAAACAGAAGAGCUCAAUUUGAUAUCAAGGCUCGUAAUAUUAUUUCAUUUGCUGUUGUACUUGACGAGUUUUAUAGGAUUUCUAUUUGUAAGACAGCACAGGAAAUGUGGGAAGUCCUCAGAGUCACACAUGAGGGCAUUGAUGAUGUGAAACGUGUAAGGAAGAACACGCUCAUCCAAGAGUAUGAGAUGUUUAGAAUUCAGUCUAGAGAAUCAAUUUCUGAUGUUCAAAAGCGCUUCACUCACAUAGUCUUGGCAACCAAAGGUGACAGCUAUCUCAGAGUCACAAAAUCUCACGCAAAUGUUGAUGGCUACAUGAAUAUUCUACCUACUCUUAAAACCUCUUUAAAAUUCAAGUUUGCAAAUUACAACGCUUAUUGCAUGGUCUCAAGCAAGCGCGCCGUCAAUG